UGCGGUUUGGAGGCCUUGGCCCGUCAGAUCCUGGUUCACAUCACGCGAUUGCAGCAGUUCUUGUGGGAUCAUCGCUCGGAUUACGUGGACGUGGUGCGGGCAGCUUGGACCCGUGGACCCGGACUCACCGAUCGACAGAAGGAUCAUAUUGACGCGGGAGCCAAUCGGUUUAUUCACACUUGCCAAAGUCUGAUCGCCCGCUUCCAGAGCGAACUCAAUCAAGCCCAAGAUCAAUUGAAUGCGGGGCGACGUGAUCAUUUGACCGGCGUAGUCCAGAUCCUGGAGCGAUAUCUCAAGGAUGUGUGUCAGAUAUACGCCCAGCAACGGGCCAUUCGCGUCCAACGAGAGCUCGAGUUCCAGAAGCUCUCGCGAUUGGAGAUCAAGGCACGCAAAAGCAGCCAAUCGACCGGAGAGUCUGAACGUCAUCUCGAGUCCGAUUUGAUCGAUCGACUCGGAACAUCCGAUGUCGAGACUGAGAGCGAAAUUGAGGACAUGGAUUCAGAUCAUUCGGACCGUGAAAGUGGAGGGGCCACUCCGCCCAAACGACGUAAAUCUGAUACACGUCUACCCGUGCCUCCACCCUCAACCGAAUUCUACGAAGAAACAGGCGAGGAUGAGCCUCUCUCCCCGGAAGACAUCCAACUUCUAGAGCGCGAGAACACGAAGCUCUAUGAAAGGUUUAUGGAAAAUCAGGAUAAUGUCCAACAGAUCGAGAACAAGGUGGUGAGAAUUGCCGAGUUGCAAGAAGUAUUUGCCGACAAAGUGCUUCAACAGAAGGACGAUAUCGAACUCGUGCAUCACCAUGCGGUGACUACGACCGAAAACGUUAAAGACGCGAACGAGGAGCUUCGGAAGGCUAUUCAAAACCAAGCCUCGAUUCGGGUGUACAUUCUCUUCUUUUUGUUGGUGAUGUCGUUCUCGCUUCUAUUUCUAGAUUGGUACAACGAAUAAUAAUCACGCCAAUUCCAAUCAAUAAGAUGGCAAAAAUUGUAUUAAACGGAGCCUUUGUAACGGUGAAGCGUCUUGUGGUCUUAGACCACUUGCCGCCCCAAACCAAUCAAUUCUGGCCCCAAAUUACCCUUUUUGGGAAAUUGACCGAAUUUUCGUCACGUAAAUCCAAAACAUGGUAGAUGGCCAAGUUCAAGGCCUUUUUAGACGGGCGAGAUCACUUGGCUUAAUGUGUUCAGAAGACUCCGAAUAAGAUGCGCAACCACGCGUGUCAAGUCGUCCUUGUGAUUCCCUAAAAGACUUAACGCCCUAAAAGAUAAAGUUGGAACAAAGACUCGGAUUUUAAUCUCCGAUCUUGGUUCGUAUCACGAUUGCUCUCAAUUUGUUGGUUACCUAUCCAAUUUGCAAGCUGUGUAAGCGGUGUUUGUUUUCGCAUAUCCCGGACUCUUAUCCUCGCGUUCGUUGUGAACAUGGACCCCCUUUGAUAAGAUUAUCAAUAGCUACCAUAAACAUAAGAAUUCGAGGCUGAAUCCCGCGGCUUAAUCGCUCGAAAAUAGCGACGCUGUACAAACUUCGAAAGUAGGUGGUUGAUCUCCAACCAAUAGGAACCAAAUUUCCUCGCAGUGCAGUUGGAAUUGCCCAAAAGGUGAAGUAAGUCAGCCUCUAAAUGGCUCCCGACCAUUGGCUGAAAAUGAGACAAAACCUUGGCUUGGUGACAGUGACGGGUUGCAAUUAGAAACAUGUUUUAUCUCGUCUGCCGCGAAAUAUCUUCAUACAGAAGGACCAUAUGUUGGAUGACAUCUGCCUGCGGACUCCAUGCCAGAGCUUUUUCGUACUCCCAGGUUGAGGAGAUGGUCUUCGAGAAUGGGCCUGCCUAAAUCGGUGACUCUCUUGCUUUUCCUAGCCCGCAAAGGGUAUGAAAUAGAUUGCAGACAUAUUACCAA